AUGGGAAGCAAAAAGGAAGGAAAAGUCAAGGAAACCAAAGUCAAAGAAGAGAAAGUAAAAUCCGAGGAAACGAUAUCUAGUGAAGAUAACUAUGAGAAGAGAAUGUCAGCAGUAUUACCAUUUGCUAAACCAUUGGCAUCAAAGAAGUUGAACAAGAAAAUAUUGAAAACAGUCAAAAAGGCAUCUAAGGCCAAGCAUGUUAAAAGGGGUGUAAAAGAAGUCGUCAAAGCUUUAAGAAAGGGAGAGAAGGGCCUUGUAAUUAUUGCUGGUGACAUAAGUCCUGCUGAUGUUAUAUCUCACAUUCCAGUCUUGUGCGAGGACAACUCUGUCUCAUAUAUCUUUAUACCUUCAAAGGAGGAUUUGGGAAGUGCUGGUGCUACAAAGAGGCCAACUUCUUGUGUUAUGAUUGUCCCAGGCGGUGGAAAGAAUAAAAAGAAUGCAGACAAGGUUGAUGAGUAUAGAGAAGGGUAUGAUGAGGUAGUUAAGGAGAUCAAAGCUUCAGAUUAA